UGAGGGAAUUGACUUUGGUGCCUCAAAAGCAGUACAAAUUAGAUAAAAUCUAAGUUAAAGAGAGAGAGAGAGAGAGAGAGAUCAAACAGCUAGCCAAAGUUUUCUUGUUUUUUUGUUCCAAAAUGGAAAACAACAAAUCUGAAGGUGAUGAGAUGGAAAUUGAUCUCAGCUUAAAGCUUGAUUCUCGAGAAGAAGAAAUAGAGCCAUUAAAUGAAGAAAAUCAAUCAUCAGAAGUGAAUGCCAAAACACAAGGAAAAGACCAAGAAUUGUCAAAAGCUGAGACAUCAGGAAGCUCAAAAACAGAAGAGUUAUCGAUGUUACAGAUGGAGAUGAACAAGAUGAAAGAGGAGAACAAGUUUUUGAGGAAGGCAGUGGAGCAAACUAUGAAAGAUUACUAUGAUCUACAAGCAAAAUUCACCACUAUUCAUCAAAAUAAUCACGAGAAGGAUCACAGGAACUUUCUUUCACUGAGUGGAAAUGAUGAUAUUACAGAAGGGCUGACGAGGAGUCCAAAAAUCUUGGAUAUUAAGAAUAGAACUCUAUCACAAACAUCACAAGAACUAGAUGAUAUUAUGGAUGGUGAUCAAUUAGGGUUGUCAUUGACACUGGUUAGUAGUAACAGCAGUACUACUGCAAGCAGAUUGGUGGAAAGUACAGAAGAAGAAAGAAAGGAGAAAAUUAAAGAAGAUAAUGCUGCAAUUACUACUCAGAUACAAAAUAAAGGCAAUUUUCAGGGAGGAUUAACAAGCCAUGUGACUACUGCUUCUCCACCAAACAGAAAAGCUAGGGUUUCAGUCCGGGCAAGAUGUGAAUCAGCUACUAUGAAUGAUGGAUGCCAAUGGAGGAAAUAUGGUCAAAAAAUUGCUAAAGGAAAUCCUUGUCCCAGAGCAUACUAUCGUUGCACGGUGGCGCCCGGAUGUCCGGUGAGAAAGCAGGUGCAAAGAUGUUUAGAGGACAUGUCAAUAUUGAUAACAACAUAUGAAGGAACACAUAAUCAUCCUCUCCCAGUGGGUGCAACAGCAAUGGCAUCAACAACAUCAGCAGCAGCUUCCUUCAUGUUGGUGGAUUCAAGUAUUAACCCUCUUCUUAAUGGAAAUAUUAACCAAGCAGUUAAUUUCCCUAAUUACCAUAAUCAUGCUCCUAAUUAUAGUCAUCACAUUCCAAACUCUUCUUCCUCUUCUUCACCUUAUUUUUCCAAUUUAAGAAACAACAUCCUUAAUUCUAGUGAUCCAAACAUAGUUCUUGAUCUCACCAAGAAUAUUUCUAAUGACCAUCAUCAUCAAUUUCCCUUUGUAAGUUCUUCUUCAAACUCAUCAGCAACAGCAACAACAAAUCAAUUGGGCCAAUAUUCUUGGAUGGCUAAAUUACCAAGCAAUAAUUAUGAAGGGAACAGUAGUACAAUUGUGAACAACCUUUUUACUGGUCCUAAAUUACUAGGCGAUCAUCAUCAUCAAAAUAGUAGUAGUAAUCCUAUAUUGGCUGAAAAUAUGAGUGUCAUUGCUUCUGAUCCUAAGUUUAGGGUUGCUGUUGCCGCCGCUAUUUCUUCACUCAUUAAUAAAGACCAAAACCACCCAAUUAGUACUGCUAUGCCUUCAUCUUUGGGAGAUCGUGGCGACAGUAAUGGUGGCUCUGUUAGGCAUUCCCAAUGAAAAUCACAGCACACAGAUUGUUGACCACAGAUAAAAGAUUGAAUGUGUACUUCUUAGGUUUUUGGCAAAUUUAAGAUUUAAACUUGAUGGAUUUUACGUUUGCAUUGAACUUAUUGUAACUUUAUAAUUAUAGUUCAGAUAUAAUAUUUGUCAAAAUUUUAGUGUUUUUUUA